AAAGUGGAAUAAUGUCAAGACUGGAAGCUAAGACGCAGUCUCUGUGUACAACUGGACCUUUGAGCAGUCAAUCGAUCAGGCAGUCCCUGAGUGUUUUACAAGGAAUUGUCAUGUCAUGCUAUGGCCCUUCUGGUCGACUCAAACAGGUACACAAUGGUAAAGGAGGCUGUGUUCUUACAACGUCGCUGUCCUCUACCUUACUUGGAAACUUUUCUGUCACCCACCCAGCCUUGAGGCUUUUAGUGGCUUCUGUCCGUAAUCAUAUAUCCUCUUUUAGUGACUGUGGUCUCUUUACUGCAAUCCUUUGCUGUAAUCUGAUUGACAAGUAUCUUAGUUUAAACAUCCCACCCCACACUGUGAUUAAAAUAAGUGGAAGUCUCUUGGCCAUGUGUAUUGAUUAUCUGAAUUCUGAUGGAUGUAUGUGUAGGGUGACUGCCGAUUUUGGCAGCAGCCAGUCCUUGCUACAGAUAACAUAUACUGUGCUUUCUAGCAAACCUGCUUGCAUGCUCACCAUCAAAGAAGCAGAGUAUGUGAGCACAUUGAUUGUCCAAGCCUUCCUCUUAUCAAUCCCAAAUGGAAAAGGAGCCAGCGUUACUAUAGGAAAAAGUGUUAUUGUCCAUGUUGAAGGCCGGAGUGUUAUGGAGUCUUCUGUAGUGCCCGGCCUCCUUAUUGAAAUGCCUGAGUUUUGUUGGAGGAGACUUGACCCUUCCACUGGAUUACCCUCUACGGAUAUUAAGCUGGCUAUGUUUUCUGUCUCCUUAUCGGGUGACUUUUCUGAUACUGGUGAAGGAAACCUUUGCUUGGCAAGUGAUGUAAAUCCCGAAAGUAUUAUGUUGGAUCAGCUGCAUGUUUUAGGAAAACGUUUGGUCAGUGACCAAGUAAAUGUCCUUGUGUGCCAAAAAGUAAUACAUCCAUCCCUCAAGCAGUUCUUGAAAAAACAGAAUAUCCUCGCCUUGGAGAGAGUAGGGGCAGCUCUGAUGGAGCCUCUGAGCCAAAUGACAGGUGCAAAGCCUAUAGCUUCCCUGAGCUCAGUUUCUACUGCUAGUUAUGGAAGCCUUAGGGCUUUAAGCAAAAUGUCCCAUGGAAGCAAGCAUUAUGUGCAUCUCAUUCCGUCUGACACGUCUGUGAGCAGCAUUGUGCUUUGCAACCGAAACGAGACUUCGUUAAAAGAGCUUACGACCACAUGUCAGGCUGCUCAGCACAUCUUACAGAUGACUCUAAAGAAACCUUGGGUACUGCUGGGAGGUGGCUGCACAGAGACGCAUUUGUCCGCAUUCAUCAGGUAUAAGAGCGCCAAUAUCUCAACCACCUUUCUGGAAGAGCUGAACUGCUCAUCGGCACAAUACAAGAUGGUGGCUGAUUGCUUUUGCAAGUCAUUAGAGUCAGUAGCGCAAAGUCUGGAACACGAUGGCGGGGAAAUGCUUAUGGAUCUGCAAGAUGGUCAUUUGUGGUCGAUUCUUCCAGAUGCUGCCUCAGAGAUAGGACAUCGGUGCGGUUGCCGUAUGCACAGAAGAAGAGACGAUUUGCAAUGGAAUGUGUUGGGAAGUCAGUGUAGUCCAUUUAAUCCAGAGAUCGCCAGAGAUAAAUGUCUGUUAAAGGCUUCACACCAGCUCAUUUUGGACUGCUUUGCUGCAAAAUGUAAUGGCUUACAAGUUGCUGUUGACACAGCUGGACUGAUUUUGGAUCUGUCAUAUGUUGUAGAAGAUAAAAAUUGAUAGUGAUAUUUCUUCUCGCUUUUCAAUUUGUGAAAUGCAAUAUUUGUAGUGAAUUCUGUCAUGUGUAGGGGAUGGGAUAAAUGUUACCCAUUCUGCAAUCUUUUUGGUGGUUCUUUGUAAAAAGUGUUACGAUGCAAAUAAAAUAUUUUAUAAACAGCAGUUUGAUAAA